AUGCCGAAACAAGAAUUCACUGAUUUCGAUCUUUUGGCUGGUCCAAUUUGCUUUGUAUUUUUUCUGAUUGGAAUUUUGGCAAUGUCAGUUUGCUGUUUCAAUUAUUGUUAUAUUUUGAAAGAUGACGAAUUGACUACUUUGGAAAUUGUGAGUUAAUAUGAGCAAUAUUAUAAUUUUCAAUCAUUAAUAUGAGCAAUACUACUUUAAAAACUUAUGAAUAAUCCAAAAUUUCAAAAAAAAAAAUUGAAAUUUUCUUUUGUUUCUGAUGAAUUUUGAAUAAUUUUCAUACAAUCACUUUUUUUAGUUUCAGCUUUUGACUUGAAUCUCUCUUUUCAAAAAUUACUCUUUUUCAGUGGGCCUACAAGCGAAAACUCAACUGGAGAUUGGGACCACAUUCAAGAAAAACUAUCGAGAACAAAAUGGCCGAACGUCGUUUCCUCGAGGACAAAUAA